GGCGGAGUUAUUGUUUAUGUGUGUGAGGCGGCUGCAGGUUCUUCGAUCGCAGACAUGAACCUUCUUUGGGAAUCAAUUUCUAAAACUUUGGUAUAUUUCGGCCUCCUGACAAGUCAUAUUUGUGGACUUGGUUCUGAAAAUGGCGGUGUUGAUGCAGCAGGCAAUUCAAGAAUGCCGAUGUCAAAUCUGGGUGCAAAAAUGAACAUUUUCGGUGUUGUUCCAAAAGACAAUAUUUUAGAGAAAAGUGAUUCGAUUUGGAUGAAGUAUAAAACUCAGAACGAAGAAUCGAAGUUGAUGCAGCUUUUAGUCCCGAGGGAUGGAAUCGAUGACUUCACACACUUAAAGUUGAACACGGUUGCUAAAGUGGGACGGAAAAAGCGCUCUUAUCAGUCUUUUCCGUCGCAGAGAUAUUAUCCACCAAUUCCUCCUGAAAACAUUCUAGUUGUUUGUAUGGGUGCUCCUCUUCAAUACCUCAAUAAAACUGCUUUGAAGGAAGCAUUUGCCAGCUAUUUGAAGUUGCCUGUGGAAAAUGUCUGCAUAGAUAAAAUAUUGAUUCGUAAGAACAUGGUAGAGCUGUACUUUGUAAAGAGAGGACACCCCGUGGACUUCUUUGACGUGGAGAAGGACCUGAUUCCCGUCAGUGAUAUCAGGCACCCAGAUCUGUUGGAAUACCUGCAGAAGAGAAUUCCCUCUAUGAACAUUACCAUUGAAACAAGCCAGCAACCAUUGAUAACUUCAGCCAAAUUUUGGACGGAGAGCUACUUCCCCUACUUAGCAGCAGCCUGUAGUGUGUGUCUAGUCCUGGUUAUGGCAGUUGUGAUUUUCUGUUGCUGUCGAAAAAAGAACAAAGAUGAGCAGGCAGAAGAAAAGGAGGAAUACUCUGAGCCCCAGCCUGUGUUCUACCCCUCCCUGAAACCCCAGCAGAUCUUCUACCCCUCCAUCAAGCCUGACGUUAAACACCCCGUGAUGAUACAGCCAGAAGGCAGCCCCGUAUUUGUCACCAAGGGAUGUGUCACUCCCAUACAAACUCAAGCCAAGAAAAUCAAAGCCAAAGGCCUCUUAGAACGAAGAGGAUCAAGUGCUUCGCUGAAGAUUGAUCUGAAAGCUGCUUCCCCCGAGGUGAACCGAUGGGAAGGAACUCCCCCCAAAGAAGGUACUGGACUUGAGUUUUUACUCACUGCUGGGAAUAGACUGAGUCGCAGAGAUCUACGCAAUGCUGUCAAAAAUAGUAGGGCCCUUUAUGAAGAAUUUUGGGAAAUUCCCAUGAAUCACCCAGAGAAGGUUUAUGUCGCAGGAUCAGGGAUGAAGAACAGAUACAGAACCAUUAUUCCAAAUGAGCACAGCAGAGUUAUCCUUCCUGACAGUGAGUGGGAUCCAUUAUCCUCCUACAUCAAUGCUAACUACAUCAGAGGAUAUGAGGGAGAGGAGAAAGCCUACAUAGCCACACAAGGACCAAUGUCUCACACCAUUGUAGACUUCUGGAGAAUGGUGUGGAUAGAAAAGUCACCCAUUAUUGUCAUGAUCACAAAACUUAAGGAAAAAGCCAAGACAAAAUGUGAGAACUACUUACCUGAGGACAAUGAAACUUGGUGUGCUUUUGGAGAUAUUGAAGUGAAAGUAGACAGAGUCAUCAAUAAACAGGGUUAUACCCUUAGACACCUUUUGCUUAGGAGCCAAGGAGAAGUACAGCAUGUUCUACACUACUGGUAUACUGCUUGGCCUGAUCACAAACCAACCCAAUCUCCACAUAUGUUGUUACAAUUAAUUCAGGAGGUGGAAUUUAGACGGUAUAGGGGGGAUGGAAGCAGAGCCAGGGGGCCAGUUAUUGUACAUUGUAGUGCUGGCAUUGGGCGGACGGGCUGUUUUAUUGCUAUCAGCAUUGGUAUAAGACAACUGAGAGAGGAACAUUCCGUGGAUGUGCUAGGUGUUGUGUGUAACCUAAGGAGUGACAGAGGUGGAAUGAUACAAACCCAUGAACAAUAUGAAUUCAUUCAUCAGGCUCUGUGUGAGUAUGAGAAGGACUUAGCGGAGCCCAUUUCCAACUGCCAACCAAAUCAAUGAUGCUGAUACCUGUGUUAAUGUUCAGUCCUUUGUUAAGAAUCUCUUGGUCUAAGAUGGGACAACUCUGCAGAUAGUUACAAGCAGGGAAUGUGUCAGGAAAAGGUUGGAAAAAUUGCAAGAAUGAUGGUUGAUAGUUGUCAGAAUUUAUUGUAAGGCAUUUAGACGAUGUUAUAGUAUAUAUUACAGUGGUUGUCUGUUUAAGGUUGAAUGGCAGGUUAACUAUUUAUAUUGCUCUGUAUCAGUAUGAAUAUUGUUUCGUCAUGAGUCAUGUCAGAAGGGAAAUAACUUGUUCUACUAAGGUUUUAAAAUGGGCAUACAUAACUACAUUGCAAACUUUAUGUACAUGUGAAUGUUAUAAAGUGUUGAUAAAAUAUAUUGGUAAAAGAUAUUAUCUGCUUUACCAGGCUCAGUUGUUGUGCAAUAUUAUUUGUAAGAGAAAUUUUAUAUCUAUACAGGAUAAUCACACAAUCAUGUAGAAUAC